AGGAUUUUCAACUGACAGUGUUGGGUGUCUGGGAGUCGUGACACAAUGUCGUCGUGCUGGCGAAUGCUGCUACCGUCACACUCGUCGUUUCUUCUCAUUUCCCAGACGCUUCCGGCGAGCGCCAUUGUGUCUGCUUCUAUGACGUCGAGUCAAUCCGAGGUUUUUCCAACCCGACGAGUCAUUGGUGCGUGUCUAGUCACCAGAGAUACGAUCGGAAAACAUAAAAAAAAGGUAUAGAGUACAGUUUAAUAGGUAGGCGGAUAGACUGGAGAAGGUGGGGGUGUCACUUUUCCUCCGAGCUGUGACGUCUACGUUUGGAAUUACCCAGGGCCAACGCAAAUAGUUCUCCAACAUCUAAACAAGAGGAAAUUAAAUGUAAACGAUUCUUUUGAAAAGAUCAAUUUCGAAAGGAUUCGACGAUAAGGGGCCACGACAUUUUUCCUUUUUCUUUCUUAUCGUUGGUCAAUUGCGAUAGCGAUAAUGUAAUAACACGAAGUAUUUAUUUAUUUUUAAAAAUUUAGAUGGUCUCACUCCGAGUGUCGCGUCUAGAUUACAGACAUGCGCACAGCCGGAGCCGAUUUACCGACUCCGGCAUAACAAAAAGUAUUCGCAAUUCCGCUUUUCCUACUCACACGACCGCAGGAAUCCCCACGGCGCUGGCACGUCUAUUCCGUCCACAAUAAGUUCAGAUUUGAUCAAUUCGUUCAAGUGUUUUGUUUGAAUGGUGUGAAAAAAACAACUGUCGCUCGUAUUAUAUUGACAGCCGGAUUGCUGUGAGGGUUCAAAAUGGAACGGCGGAUGACAUUAAGUGGCCAUGUUCCGUCUUUAUCUCUCAUUCCGUUGGGGACUUGUCAUAGCGGCAAGUACUACAUCGACGGCGAAUGUCUGGUUCAUCUUGAAGAGAUCAAUAUCAAGUUGGAAAACGAGGAUCCCAUCCAUUACUCGCCCACUCCGGUGCGCCCUCGCAUUCCUGGACAUUCUCAACAAGGAUCUAAUACCGAUUCUUAUCAACAGCCAGGAUCAGCCCAGCAUUUUGAAUUCGACAAUCAAGUUAUUGGCUGAACUUACUACACCCCUAGAAUGCCUGGGAAUGGUCGGCGAAGCGACUCGAUCCAAUCAGAGCAGCACGACAACGCAACAAGUUGUCAUCUACAAACUGACUCAGCUCCUCUACAACGCCAAGGAAUCCUUUCUGGAUGGUGGGGCCAUACCAGUCGUUCUCAGUCACGUUUGCCACACCCUAGAAAAGGAGCCGUUGUUGAGCGACGAUAACAUUUCUGUGAAUCAUUCCCUAUUACUCAUUCGCAAUAUCCUGCACGCUCCCGAACGACCUACUCAGAUGGCGGACAAACGACAGGAUCAGCAGGACCAACUUGUGCGGAUUUUAUUGGCCCAGGGACUAAAUCGUCUCCUCAUCAGCUUACUGGCCUGCUCCCAAAGGCGCCCAAAGGGAACAAUGGAUGGUGACAGUUGUGCAGCUCAUUUCUCUCUUGUACAAGGAUCGACCCGUUGAAAUUAUUUUACAAAUUUUAGAUGAAAACUGCACUCAUCUUGAGCCGGAAUUCUACUUUGACGAAGACCAGCCAAAUCAAUUUGAUAAAUCUCGACGAUCUAGUCAGCAAAGUACGUCCAGCGGCUUCCACUCGGAAGCUUCAAACGCGCCGAAAAUGACAUCACCAAAGGUUACGGAUUCAGUGAUGAGGAAAUCCAAUCGAAGAAAAAGUUCUUCAGGAAGUCAAUCCAGUAAAUGCGGAAGUUCGUCGUCUUCCGCAUCAUCUCAACUUGGCGGAACUAAAUGCUUAAAAAAGAGUUUUAAAGGUUCCAAGAAAUCAGAGAAAAUUUUGAAAAAGCUUAGCAAAUGCAACAAACUUGGACGUCGAGUGGAGAUGAAAGGCAACGUCGUCGAGUACAAACCGACGGAUGAAAGUACUUUGAAUCUCCUGAAAGGAUUUACCAUCAAUUUCAUCCGGCAAGGCUACAACACGCUGGUGGGCCAAUUGCAUCAACAGAUGCUGAAACAACAGGGCGACGCCCACCUCCAGCUGCUGGAUAAGUCGCACUUUCUCUGGCUCAUUUCUUAUUUCCUUCCCAUCGCCUCCCGGUUGGAAUUGAGCGUGGAACAUUUAAAAAACGUCUUAACUAUUGAUGUCCUGUGUUAUCUGACGUGGGAAGCUGUUUGUCAGACGGAAGAACUAGAAAUGUCUGCGUUUCAACAUUCAACAGUCGAUUUGAAACCGUGCGUGAGGCGCUUGCAUUUGUGCGUGAAAGCAAUUCGUGAAUAUUUGAAAACACUGGAGAGAUUUUCUCGUCCUUCGACGUCUAGAAAUGCAAAUGCACCGGGAAAUUAUUUGAUUACUCGACUGAGCGGUUACGUGCCAGCGAUUCGGGACCUCCGUCAACUCUUUUUGCUCCAACUCCGCCAAUUCGAUCCUGUCGUUCAAAGUCGUCGCUAUCUACUCGACGUCAUCGCAACCAAUCACAUCUUAUUGCUGGCGCUCGAACGGUCCACUGGGCAAUCGUCACGCGGGAGUUUUGAUAUUGGCCAACACUUGACUCAAUUCUGUUCGGAAAUGAUAGUCGAUCGAUACGGCACGGCCCUCGAAGAUUUCAAGACCAACGUCUCAUUCGUCAACGAUUGCAUCUUGACUCUUUUGCAUCACGUCGCGGGCGAUUUGGGCCGGGCCGACCUUUUGUGCCGGCCCGUCAUUCUUCGUCCAUUCAGCAAAAUUUGGGCAGUGGAAUUCAACUUGCGUGACGACUGGAAUGAUUUGAUUGAAUUGAUCAUUAACAAAUCAAUGCGGUAUUUUUCACAUCAUCGAUACACGGAGACAUUGCCUAGCAACCCAAAUAAUCCGCAAAAGAUAAAAGAUUCCGCUUCCCAUUCGAUGGAUAUCCUCCUACUAAAAUAUUCUGAUGAGCAAACAAUAGAAGAAUCGACUGAAACAAAUCAAUUGUCGUACGAAGUACCUGACACCAACAUUAAAUCACUUUUGAUUCAACUCAAGGAUUCUGGAUUUCAGAAGCAACUGGACUGGAUCCAGUCUUCAUUAUUAUCAGCCUGUGCUGUUCGAUUGGGGACCUACUCCGGCCAAGAAUUCCGCCACCCCAUAUAUACCCUAAGUUUUCAAAUGAAUUUGUCCUGCCCUUUGGUUCCCUGGACGGAGGUGGAAGCAUCCGCCCUGCGUUCAGAACUCUUCCUCAAUCUCCUAUUUCGUAUUGGUCUCAUUCCUCCUUCCCCUCAGGCUGUCCUGUACCCUCGUAUCCCGCGUGAAUGGUCCCCGGACACUUUGUACAGUAUCGCCCUCCUUUUCGGACCCAUCGACCAGAAGAGGAUCGAUUUCGAUUUGACUCGAGUCAAGAAAAUCGAGUUAUAGACCACCCCUAUUCAUCUGUCAAUGUCCAAAAUGUCCAAAGAUCAUCUUCUCACCCUUACAUAAUUCACGAUGGCGUAUCUCACCGUAAAGAUUCGUUCCUGGAAUCCAAGUUUCCUUCAGCAGAGAUCGACAUUUCUAGGCAAAAUAGCAUCGACUGUGUCUUCGACCACCAUAGUCCACGAGCAUUGGACAGUAUCAGCACCACCAGUUCACUAGAAGUCCACAAAAUGGACUCUAGCGACGACGAAGAAAUGGAGGACCUUCUGUUUGUGACAGAUUAGGCAGAUUGGACGGUAGUGACGUCACAAGAUAAUUCAAUUCCGUCUAAACGGACAGCGGUGCAUGUUUAAACUAUUCAAAUUAAAUGUGGAACAAUUAGUUGAUUCACCUCUCUGUAAAUAUUCUCCAACAAUAAUUUGGUAAGACAUUUUCCCUAUUAUUUAUUGGUCAACAAUUAAUUGUGUAAUUGCAAUAUCGUAUAAUUAAAUUAAUUAUUGACAAAUUCUCAA